GCUAGCUACCUAUAGCUUUGUCCUGGUUUCUCACUCACGAACCACACAAAUUCCCAUCCCACGGAGAGGAGAUGCAGGGGGCAGGAACCAAGCAGUCGCGCAAGGCAGACCGUGGCGCGGCGAGGACGGAGGGGAGCAAGGACGACGGCGCCGACGGCGCCAAGGUCGCGGCGGCGGACAUGGUGAGGAGCGACGGCGGCGGCAGCGACAGGACCGGGGACACGAAGGUCGACGCGGCCGGCGGCGGAGACAAGCAGGCGGGGGCCGUGUACCACGGCAUGUCGGCCGCGGAGGCGAAGGACUCGCAGACCAUCGUGGCGCUGCAGUCGCCGGUGACCGUGAUGCGCCCCGUCCGCGGCGACCUGGAGGAGCACGUCCCCAAGCCAUACCUGGCGCGAGCUCUGGCGGCGCCGGACAUGUACCACCCCGACGGCACGACGGACGGGCACAGGCACCACCACAUGAGCGUGAUGCAGCAGCACGUCGCCUUCUUCGACCGCAACGACGACGGCAUCAUCUACCCCUGGGAGACCUACCAAGGAUGCCGUGCGCUUGGGUUCAACGUGAUCAUGUCUUUCGUAAUCGCGCUAAUCGUGAACGGGACCAUGAGCUACGCAACUCUGCCUGGCUGGCUACCGUCUCCUCUGUUCCCGAUCUACGUCCACAACAUCCACAAGAGCAAGCACGGCAGCGACUCCGGGACCUACGACAACGAGGGCAGGUUCAUGCCGGUGAACUUCGAGAACAUGUUCAGCAAGUACGCGCGCACGUCGCCCGACCGGCUCACCUACAGGGAGCUGUGGUCCAUGACCGAGGGGUUCAGGGAGGUGUUCGACUUCUACGGCUGGUUCGCGGCGAAGCUGGAGUGGACGAUCCUGUACGUGCUGGCGCGGGACGAGGAGGGGUUCCUGUCGCGGGAGGCGAUGCGGCGCGUGUACGACGGCAGCCUCUUCGAGUACGUGGAGAGGCAGCGCGCGCAGCACGCCAAGAUGUCCUAAGGCUGGGCCGGUGGGCGCGCGCUCGGCCUCGCGUCUCGCCUGGGCUGACCCCCGUCGUCGUCUCCCAGCUCGAGCGCGUGCGCGAAGUGGAACGAGCUGGACCCGUGUAGUUAAAAGCUAGGACGCGGACCUGUGGCCGCGGCGUCUCCGGAUGUGAAUAACCAUGCAUGGAGCGUGUCGGAACACGUACGGCAUGUACUCGUCGUUGGUCGAUCGAUCAAUAAUAAGGCAGGAGUUCGCCGCCGGGAGCUUUCUUGGAAUCCUGGUUCGUCGACUGCUCUGUGCACCCAACUCACUACGACGAACGUUUUCCGGCUCCGCGGUUGCUGUGUCAAUACUGUCAUGCCGUGUCGUCUCUGCGCCGCGACGAGGCUGGCGC